GUUGUCAACAUUAUUUUUGAGAGUUUUGUGUCAAACAGCCGCAAAGUAGGGUCAUGGAUGAUUACGGUUACUAAAAGUCCAUUGUUGUUUGAUUAAAUAUUUUUGAGAUAUCGUUUUAAAAUGAAUUUAUCGGACGAUAACAUGUUUUCCAAUGGGUUACUAUACGUGGGAUUUAAUCAGGAUCAAGGUUGCUUCGCUUGUGGAACGGAGAAUGGCUUUAGAGUGUUUAACAGUGACCCACUUAAGGAGAAAGAACGCCAGAAUUUUGCCGAAGGUGGUUUAUCCUACGUAGAAAUGUUAUAUCGAUGUAACUACAUGGCUCUUGUCGGCGGAGGUAAAACUCCAUUAUAUCCCCCGAACAGAGUUAUAAUAUGGGACGAUUUAAAGAAAGAUUCCGCAAUAUCGCUGGAUUUCAACAGUCCCGUUAAGGCAGUAAAAUUGAGAAGAGAUAGGAUAGUUGUGGUUUUAGAGAAUUUGAUAAAGGUGUAUACUUUUACUGCACAACCACUGCUACUUCAUGUAUUUGAAACAUGUCAAAAUUCCCGUGGACUGUGUGUUGUAUGUCCAAACAGCAACAAUGCUUUACUUGCUUACCCCAGUAGAAAAACUGGACAUGUUCAGCUUGUAGAGUUAAGUAACCAAGCAGGAUCAAGUGAUACUCCAGAGGGUCACCUUAUAAGUGCCCAUGAAGCUCCACUUAGUUGCUUAGCGUUGAAUGUGGGUGGAACCAGAUUGGCCACGGCAUCCUCUAAGGGCACUCUCAUUAGAGUAUUUGAUACAAGCAGUGGCCAGAAGUUAGCAGAGCUAAGGCGAGGUGCACAUCAGGCAACCAUAUAUUGUAUCAAUUUCAAUAAUUCAAGUACAAAUCUAUGUGUAACAUCUGACCAUGGCACUGUGCAUAUAUUCAGUUUGGAAGAGGACAAAUUAAAUAAACAAUCAACUUUGGCGACUGUUAAUUUCUUGCCAAAAUACUUCUCCAGCAAUUGGAGCUUCUGCAAAUUUACAAUACCAAAUGGUCCACCUUGUAUUUGUGCUUUUGGAGUUGACAAGAGUUCCAUUAUUGUGAUUUGUGCUGAUGGAUCAUAUUACAAAUACAAAUUUAAUGAAAAGGGUGAAUGUAACAGAGAUGUUUACGCCCAGUUUCUGGAAACUUCCGAGGACAGAUAAAUGUGAUAAUGCUUUAUAUAGCAGGUAAUGAAAACUGUGGUUAUAUAUCACUGGAGAAUUUUGUAACUAAUUUCUAUUUUGAUACAAUGAAUGGUGAAGUUUCACAUCACUUUGCUUUUUAGUUCACAAACAUUCAAAUAAACUUUUUUUUAUUUGUAUCAUAAUUUAACAUGCGGUCCUUACACUAGGGUCUAGAAACAUGAGAACCUAAAUAUCAGAGCUUCAAUCACAAAUAUAGUUUUAGGUGACUAUAUUUCUUUUUACCAUUUUUUUUUGUUUAUUUCUAUACUCAUUUCGUAUUAAUGUUUAUAUCAUAUACAAGUUUAAAGUUCAGAAUUAUUAUUCAUUUGUAUUCUUUUUAUGUACCAAAGAUUAAUCAAUGUGAAUAAAAAAUGACAUAAAAAAGCAAAUUGCUUGAAUUAUAGAAAUUGAAUAUAUGAAAUUGUGUUUGAAAACAAGUAUAGUGAAAAUCAGCUUUAAUGUAAAUUGGCUCUAAAAAUUUAAUUUUUUUAAAGUAUUACCCAAGAAAAAUU